UCUCCUUAAGAAAGUUAAGUAAUCAAUGGAGGCUCUGCGUCUUGCGUCAGCUCAGCUGCCUCUGCUCCGCCAUCGAAGGGCGCAAUUUCCGGGUUCCAUUGGUCGCCACGUUUCAACUAUAACGUACCCUUUCACCAAGCAAGUGAUCAAAGCCACGCUGUCCAGACCGCCUGAGGAGGUCUCUCCGGCCGUUAAUUUCCCGGAACCGUCUUCUUCCUCAUCGUCCUCGUCAAUUCCAAAUGAGGUUCCGUCACCUCUGCCUAAAAGGGUGUCUCCCAAAUCGCUACAGUACCCUCCUGGUUAUCUCGGCGCGGUGCCGCAGCGUACUGUUAGUGAAGGAAACGGCGACGUCAUAAAUGCGAUGGGCUAUUUGACGACUAUGUUGUCUUCCAAGGUGUACGACGUGGCAAUUGAGACUCCGUUAGAACAUGCGCCAAAAUUGUCGGAGAGAUUGGGAAUUAAUGUUUUUCUCAAAAGAGAGGAUAUGUAGCCCGUAAGUUUUCAUUCUCUUGUUCUUUUCUCUACCGUUUUGUUUUUGUUUUUGUUUUUUUUUUUUUUUUCCCCCAAGUUUGUUCCUUUAACCAUGCAGUUUUAGUUUAUUUCAAUAGUUUUGAUGGAAUUUUUAUGACUAUUUGCCUGGUUUGAGGGUAAUUUGCAGCGUGUUUGCUCAAAUCUGUAAACUUUAAGGUUUACAUUUGGUUUUAUUUAUGUAAGGUAGAAAAAAUUAUUCAUUUCUAU